CGUGCGUACGAGCGAGCAAGCAAGAGAGUGGGCUUACUCGAGGGGCGACUCGCGAGUCGCGCGCGCGGAGGCACUAGAACGGAGCGAUCGAGCAGGCCUGUGUGACUUGGUCGCUUGUUGCAAGAUGUUUACUCGGUCGAACUGCGCGAACGCAUCCCAACAGCAGGAUAAUUGGACGCGCGACUCAAGCAUGAGGCCCCCAAGGAGGCAGCAGUAGACGCUACAGUGUCGUAAGUUCUUUUGUGAGAAGGAAGUGCCAUGGAUGAUGAAGAGCGAUUGGAAGGAGAGGAGGAAAUGGAGCUUGACGAAGCUUCCGAUGGUGAAGAUGAUGAUGAAGAGAAUUCAGGAAUUCCCAUUUCCCCUGCAAAUUCUGAUCAAUUGCUUGGUUCUGCACCAACUCCAAGCACGAGUCAGUGUCUAAGUUUUCAUGUGGAAAGCUUAAAUAGUAAUGCUCGUGAUGCAUAUAAUAUUACUCCAGAAGAAGUUUUUCAUGACCCUUUGCGGUAUCAAAAAUUUCCAUUACCUGGUGGAAAACCUUUGCACAUAAGACGUGGACCGGGACGUCCCAGAAAAGAGCGUCCUCCUGGAAUUCCUCGUGGUAGUGGUAUGCGCAGAGGAUUUGGAAGAGGUUCAACUAGAGGAAAAGGGUUUGGUUAUGGAAGGGGUAUGCCUCGUCGUACAAAAAGCAAAGAUGAUGAUACGCAUUCAGAAUCACCAAGCCCGUUAAGAAUCGGAGAUGAUACUUCGAUUGAUGGAGAAUCUUCUGGACUUGAAAGAUCUAUGCCAGCACCAGAAGAACCUCCAUAUUUUCCAGAACAAUGGCCUGGAAAAGUUUGUGCCCUGUGCAAUUUAAGUGAAAGGAGUCAAUUAGGUCAGGGUGAACUUUUAAAGUUCUCAAUACCUGAAGAUUUUACUCCUGAAAAAAAUAGCAAUCGAGAAGAAACGCCAGAGAGUCUCAUAGAUGUGCCUGUAACUGGUGAUAAGAGUCCACGUGCAAGCAACAGUCUUGGAGCUGUUACAUGCCGCAGACAGAAAAGUUUAGCCAAGUGCAGAAAUCCUAGUCUAACAAAUUUUACAGAGCCUGUUGAGGAAUUAACUAUAGUAGGUUAUUUAGAAGAACCUGACUUAGGAAUAAUUUUUGAAUCGACGGGUCAUUAUUAUGUUCAUCAAGCUUGUGCUCUUUGGACAGGUUGCAACCAAGAAAUGUCUACAGAAAUGAUUAGUUCUGCAAUUGUACAAGCUUCAACUCGUCGAUGCGCAUGUUGUUCUCAUUAUGGGGCAGGCAUUUCUUGCAAAGUGCAAUCGUGCAAUCGUUAUUUUCAUUACCCAUGUGCAGCUGCAUCUAGUUGUUUUCAAGAUAUAAAGAGCUUGUCAUUAUUUUGUAGUCAACAUUUAGGACAAGUUCCUCUAUUAUUGAAUGGUGAUGGAGAAAGGAUCAAAUGUAUAACGUGCCUCGGAAUGGGAGAUGUAUCAAACUUGGUGAUGUGCUCUGUUUGUGGACAACAUUAUCACGGUAAUUGCGUUGGAUUGGCUCUGUUACCAAGCGUUCGUGCUGGAUGGCAGUGUACCAAUUGCCGUUUAUGCCAGGUAUGUCGACAACCUGAAGAAUUAGCUAAGGUAAUGACCUGUGAGCGAUGCGACAAAGCUUAUCAUCCUAGUUGUUUAAGACCAAUUGUGACCUCUAUACCUAAGUAUGGUUGGAAAUGCAAGUGUUGUCGGGUUUGUACUGAUUGUGGUUCACGAACACCUGGUGCCGGUCUCUCUUCUCGUUGGCAUUCUCAUUACACAGUUUGUGAUUCAUGUUAUCAGCAGCGGAAUAAGGGCUUCUCUUGUCCACUCUGCAGAAAAGCUUAUAGAGCAGCUGCUUACAGAGAAAUGGUUCAGUGUAGUUCGUGUAAAAAGUUUGUUCAUGGUACAUGUGAUCCUGAAGCAGAUCCAUUGACGUACCAACACCGUAAAGAAUCGAAACCAGAUUACGACUAUAUUUGUCUUCAUUGCAAGAACGUCGCCCUCGUCAAACGGAAGGACAGUGUUGAUGAUUAUGGAGGAGAAUCUAGCUUGACAGCAUCACAAGAGAGCUUAUAUGGAGAUGGAGAUUCAUCUGAAUUUGACUAUCAUGGAAGUUCAGAAGAUGCAUUUUACUCAAUAGGAUUAGGAAAAGGAAAACCUUUUUGUGCCUCAAAAAUAGCGAAAAAAAGGCUUGGUCUUGCUGGAGGUUUAAUUGGUCGACCAAAAGGUGUAGGAAAAUUAGGUUACCAAAAACGACAAAAAAUGACGGAAUUUGGCAGAAAAAGAGGUCCAAAAGCCAAGAUGAGAGGCAUAUUUGGUGUUCCAGGCUUAGGCCUACAGAGACCCAUGUCAGAUUCAUUUUCAAAAGAAGAAGAGCCUGGUGUUGAAAAUCGGUUAGUAUUAUGUUCUGCAAAAGAUAAAUUUGUGUUAUCACAGGAUAUUUGUGUAAUGUGUGGUGCAAUAGGCACCGAUCAAGAAGGUUGUUUAAUUGCUUGUGCUCAAUGUGGACAAUGUUAUCAUCCAUAUUGUGCAAAUGUAAAGGUAACGAAGGUAAUAUUGCAAAAAGGUUGGCGAUGCUUGGACUGUACAGUGUGUGAAGGCUGUGGUGAACGUAAUGAUGAGGGACGCUUAAUACUUUGCGAUGAUUGCGAUAUAAGUUACCACAUAUACUGCAUGGAUCCACCACUAGAGUAUGUACCUCAAGGAACGUGGAAAUGCAAGUGGUGUGCCCAGUGUCAGACUUGCGGAGCCAAUGAUCCUGGCUUUAAUAGUAAUUGGCAGAAAAAUUAUACUCAGUGUGGACCGUGUGCUUCCCACAGUUCUUGCGCUGCGUGUACUGAGGCUUAUGGCGAAGGUGAACUCAUAAUUCAGUGCAUACAGUGCGAACGAUGGUUACACUGUCUGUGUGAUGGUAUUAAAAGCGAAGUUGAGGCCGAGAAAUGCGCCGAAGAAGGCUAUAAUUGUGUCCUCUGUCGACCAAGGGACAUACCGCCACCACAUAUUCUGUGUAAUCUAGCAAAGCCCCAAGUUAGCAAAUAUCAACAACCAAGGACGCCGCCUCCAAUUGCUCGUAGUCCUGAACCAGAGAAGCCAUCACCACAGCAAUAUUUAGUGGAGGGCGUAUUUUUGUCGGAAGCAGGCAUGUGUCACAUAAAAUCUCUUAUGUCAGAGCAUCAGAUCACUCGAAAAAAGAGAAGGAAGCUAGCUGCUGCUGCAGUCGUUGACGCGGAAGCUGAUAUAAUGGCAACCAUUGAAUCAGUUGUCGCUGGCGGUAGCCUCGACAAUUCGCUUGAGGAUAACGGUAAACUUGAACUCCUCGAGGCGAAAGAUGAACCUACUCAGGUAUACAAAGAAGGUAUGGUGUGGGCACCCCGCGGUGAUCUGCCUCCGCCUGAGGGCUUUAGCAUCUACACAACCGAGAAUGGGGUAUCUGUGCUGAGGCGCAAACGACAGCGUAAUUUGCAAAAACUCGGUAUUGGCGGCUUUGUAGUGAGGCUACGGGGUACGCGUAAAGAUAAAGAAGACGAGCCCGAGAUCUCGGGCAUCAGCGACAGUCUGUUGAGUUUGGGUCCAGCUGACGACAAGCCGCGUAGGAAGCCUCAGCGUAGAAAACCAAAGACUAAACUCGCCGAGUACUUUCCUGUGUAUAUGCAGGAGGCAUUCUUCGGUCGAGACCUUAUGGACACUACCAAAGACAAGGAUCUGGACAGCAGCAGUGAUUCCGGAAGUGAACGCAACAACUCUGGUAAUGCCGACACGAUUCAACUAUCGCGGGACGAGCUCAAGGCAAUGGAAUUACUUAAAGCCAAGCAAGAGAAGGAAGAGGAUCAAUUGAUUAACAGAGCAGCGACUAUUAAACGCGAGGAAAUCAUCAAAGAAGAGGGCAGUGAUACCGAGGCACUCGAUGACAUUUUGCCCAUCUCCAGCGAUUUGCUCGAUAGUGACCUCGUUAAUACGAUUAUGAAUGAGCCCGAUGAUGAUUUAGCCAAAGCGACCGAGGCUUGGGAUGAGCUUGAUCAAGCACCCGAAUCUACUAAAGAUGAACUCCCGGAUAUCCUUAGUCCCCAUUUUAAUUUGGAAUCCAUGGUCCGAGAUACAGGACUGACCAAUAUGGCUAGCCAAGAUGUAGAAGAAAUAUUUAAAGGUGUUCUUACAGAUGAAUCUCAAGAAUCUCGAGAAUCGGGUGGAUAUACUAUGCAAGCACAAACGCCACAGGUUUCGUCUUCCUCUACUCCUUUAGUAUCUCCGUCUUCUCUUCCAACUAACAUUCAACCAACUAAUUUACCACUAGGAAGGCCACAAGUACCAGCUAAUUUGCCAUCGGUUGGACAAUCUAAUUUAAAUUCCCCAAUGAGUUUUCCCCCACCAUCACCUUAUCAUUCUGAAUACAGCAACCCCUUUAGUCCUGCAUUUUCGGAACCGCCAAGUCCUUGGGUAAAUCCCGAGGAAGAAGGUAGUGCUCCCACAAGUGGUACAACAGCUAUUACUUACAACCAAAGAACUAGUAUAAAAAUGGAAGCCGAUGAAGCUUUAGGCAAUGGGGCAACAACAGCUUCAGUAUUGUAUGCUAAUAUGAAUCAUCCAGAAUGGAAAACUGAUUAUCCAAUCUGGUCAGAACGAUAUAAACAAAUAGUAAAGAAGUGGCGUGCUUUACCCGGUGAUAAGAAAGCCCCGUAUGUAAGCCAGGCUCGUGAAAACAGAGCGGCGAUUCGCAUGAAAAAAGCAGGUAAUGAUAUUUUUAUUCAUUUUUAA